AUGGCAUCACCGGCGACCGCCACGCAGACGAACCCCAACUGGCGGCAGAUGCAGGAGGUGACCGCCAAGCUGCGCCAGACUGAGAAACAGGCCGAGAGAAUCAAGGACAAUCUUCGACAGCUCAACAGCGCAUGGGCUGCCCGACCACAGAUGCACAGGCCACGUGAAGAACAGCUUGAUGUGGUAUCCAGUCAGGUUGAGCGAAAGGCACGUGACUUGUCCGACUGGCCGCGUCUCCUGAAGAAGGAAUCGGGCAUCAGAAGGCGUAUCUCGGCCUGCUUGGGACCUUCUUGCCGGGGCUUGCAGCUGUGUGGAAAUGGCUUCGGAACAUCUGCCUCGCCUCCGUCUCGGGACGAAGGCGCCCUGCAGGACAAGCCGCCUCUGCGACUCUCUCAACUUGAAGCACUUGCCGUGCCUGCGGGUCUCAAGCAGACGGAAAACUCAUCGCUUGCGUCAACAAGCACUGGCAUUGUCAGCCCGCCGGAGCUUCCGGAAGAGCCAUGCCUCGAGAGGCACACGUGCGCAGUGGAUGAGGCACAUGAAGUUCCGCAGCUGAUCCACGUGCGCGCCGAUCGCCAAGACGUGAGAGACACGCCCAGGCACCAAGACACGUUGACAACGCUCCCUGAGCAUCUGCCACGGGACCUCACGCAGAAGUACAAGUUUAUCGACGCCCACAGCUUGGGUUCAGGUGCAGUGGCACGAGUUUGCCGGAUGCAAGAGCUGGAAACGGGUCGGCAUGUGGCGGUGAAGGUUGUUGAGAAGUAUCCCCUCCAGAUCCGCAACAUGAUCACGCAGAUGGAGCGUGAAAUAAGGGUCCACAAGAGACUACGCCAUCCCAACAUCCUGCGCCUCCAUGCCUGCUUCGAGGACAGCACGCAUUGGUACAUGGUGCUGGAGCUCGCAAGUCGUUUGGUGAACCUUCUGGUUCGACAUCCCUGGAAGCGGCUUCGAGAACCUCAGGCGGGAUGGCUCUUCGGCCAGGUUGUCGAUGGCGUGUCGCACCUUCACCUGCAAGGCUGCGUCCAUCGAGAUUUGAAGCCCGACAACGUCCUCAUAGUCGAAGACUGCCCAAAGAUUUGCGACUUCGGAUGGUGCGCAGAGCUCAACGAAGGCCAGCGAAGGACGUUUUGUGGCACCUUCGACUACAUGGCCCCAGAGGUCAUUUUUGGCGAGGGCCACGGUGCCGAAGCGGAUGUUUGGAGCCUGGGCAUUACCCUCUAUGAGCUCCUGGCCGGUGGGACGCCUUUCGCAAGCCAGAGUGCUGCAGGCGGGCGCACCGCCGCAAGCGAAACCUUCCAGGAGCGCAUCCACAAGGUCGAUUAUGUCUUUCCGAAUUGGUUUUCCAGUGAGGUGUGCCACCUCGUGAAUGGCAUGCUUCAGAGAUAUCCUCACCAACGCUACACCGCCAGCAAGGUCCUCGAGCACAAAUGGUUGGCGACAUUUUUCCUGAAGCCGAAGCAGGCGCUCGAACCGUGGUUUUGGCUUGGCACCGAGUCCAAAGAUUCAGGCUGGCGCACGGCCGCCAAGCCUCGAGCCGAUACCGGAGCUGCCCUCGCCAGGGUCUCACUCUGCAACUUUUACUUUGGCAGUACCCUCACUGUGGGGCGUGUCCUUGUCAGGAGGGCUCGAAAGGGGAUAGGUCGGCCCGCUUGCCUUAUGACCUCGCUCCGUUCACCAGCUAACUUCCCGUGGCCAUGGGCCAUGGCCGUUCAAGCUCGAAUCAAUUUGCGUCGCAUGCCUUUGAUCCUGGUCCUCUGUGGAGUCUUGCAGCCGAGGCCAGUCCCUACGCAAAUGUGGCCGGUGAGAAUCCGAGACCCCUGCACUGGAAGCCCGCAAUGUGUUUUGGCCUUUGCAGAGCAGCAACUGGUAGCCAAGGUGUCAGCUGCUGUGCCUCCACACGCAGGCCUCUGCGAAAGUGAAGAAGUGUCGAAUUCAGCCAGUCGUGAGCCGUCGGAGCUGCUGAGUCCAGGUCUCCCCAAGAGCUUAUCUCGACCUGAGCUGGGGAUCCACCCUGGCGCCUGCCGAACGCAUGCCUUGAGCUCACGUAACUUUCAGAGAGAAACUCAGCACCGUCUUGUCCAGAGCUUGCCCAAGGCGCACUAUGAGAUUCGGGCAGAGAACUCAGUUCGGCAUGGCAGACAAGCCACGUAA